GUUGUCAAGGAGCGCUUCCGGCCGCCAUAUCUCUCUUUUCUGCGUGGUCUGUGAGCAACGUGGGACUCACGGAAACUAUUUUCACCGAAAGUGCAAUGACUGAAAAAACGAUGGAAUAUAUUCCUAACCCAAGUAUAGACCGAUGAUGUGACUUCAGAUCAAUCUACUUGAUUUCGUUGCUAGGUCUAACUCAAUCCGGACAGGAUGGGAGCGUACAGAUACGUGCAGGAGCUCUACCGCAAGAAGCAGAGCGAUGUGAUGCGCUACUUGCUGCGCAUCCGCGUGUGGCAGUACCGUCAGCUGACGAAGCUCCAUCGCGCCCCGCGGCCUUCGCGCCCGGACAAGGCUCGCCGUCUCGGCUACCGCGCCAAGCAGGGCUACGUCAUCUACAGGAUCCGCGUCCGCCGCGGUGGCAGGAAGCGCCCAGUGCCCAAGGGCUGCACCUACGGAAAGCCCAAGAGCCAUGGUGUGAACGAGAUGAAGCCCUACCGCAACCUCCAGUCGAUUGCUGAGGAACGUGUCGGUCGUCGUUUGGGAAGUCUUCGCGUGCUAAACUCAUAUUGGGUGGCCCAGGACUCUUCCUACAAGUACUUCGAGGUCAUCUUGAUCGACCCAUCCCACAACGCAAUCCGUCGUGAUCCCAAGAUCAACUGGAUUGUGAAGUCUGUGCACAAGCACCGCGAGUUGCGUGGCCUCACAUCUUCCGGACGCAGUUCACGUGGUCUCGGCAAGGGAUACAGAUACUCCCAGACAAUUGGAGGCUCCCGCAGGGCUGCCUGGAACCGCAGGAACCGUCUCCACCUGCACAAGAAGCGAUAAGAAGCCCAUUGUGCUUGUCAUGUGCAUCUUCGGCUGCAUAAUUGGCGAAAUAAAAUCAUAUUUCCUCAAA